AUAAAGGAAAACUGAAAGAACAUGGGAUUUUGUUUAAAGCGACCGAGACGAUCAGUGUCAUGGAUAGUACUUUCUGCCCCAACUUUUGCAAGGCAACUCUAAAGCUGCCUCCCCUCAAGGCUGAAAACUACACGGCACCUAACUUGACGAACUUGAUGGCACAAGAGAUGUGUCAGGAUUUCAUGAACGACUUUGAGAUCACUUCCUAUGUCUCCUUCCUUAACUCUUUGAUUGAGAAGGCGGAGAAUGUGAAGGAAUUGAGAGAUGCUGGCGUGCUGGGCAACAGACUAGGAAGCGACAAAGCUGUAGCGAGACUGUUCGACAAGAUCAACACAAAGCUGGUGCCUAAUCCUGAGCAAUAUAAAGAAUUGAAACACAGAAUCCAAGAACACAGUAAUACCACGUGGACCACCAACAUGGCUCAACUCUAUUACACCUGUUUCAACAGCCGCCCCUGGCCUUCCUUGGUUCCCAACUCGAUCUUAGUUUGACAGCUGCGCAGACUUAUAAGAACUUAAUGACAAACCAUCCAAUUAAAAGAAGUAUUCACAA